AUGAACUUUUCAUUCCACAAUCACUUCAUUGAGUCUGUUCAGCCUUUGAUUGAGUUGAUUGACUCUCUGAGGUUGAUCGGCAUUGAUAAGGAUAUGGAUCUACCAUCGAUUGCAGUUGUGGGAGAUCAGAGUUCUGGAAAGAGUUCUGUUCUGGAAGCACUUUCUGGUGUGGCUUUACCACGAGGAAGUGGUAUUGUCACUCGCUGUCCUCUUGAGUUGAAAUUACGAAAGUUAAAAAAAGGACCAUGGUCAGGGGCCAUUUCUUACAGUGGUCACAAAGAGAAGUUUAAUGACCCAUUAAAGGUGGAUAACCUUGUCAGAGAAGCUCAAAACAAGCUUGCUGGAAAUGCAGUUGGAAUCUCUGAUGAACUCAUCUCUUUGGAAAUUUUAUCUCCUGAUGUUUGUGACCUCACUCUGAUCGAUCUACCUGGUAUCACCCGUGUACCUGUGCAUGGUCAACCUGAUGAUAUUGCUGAUCAGAUCAAAAACCUGAUAUUAAAAUACGUUGCCAAAAGUGAAACCAUCAUUUUAGUUGUUGUGCCCUGCAAUGUUGACAUAGCAACAACAGAAGCACUAAGAAUGGCACAAGAUGUAGACCCCGAGGGAUACAGAACUCUUGCAAUUCUCACAAAGCCAGACCUCAUUGACAGAGGAGCUGAGAUUGAUGUUUUAAACAUUGUUCAGGGCAAAGUCAUUCCUCUCAGCAAGGGUUAUAUUAUUGUGAGAUGCCGUGGUCAGAGUGACAUCAAUAACAAAAUCCCUCUUUCUAAAGCCAUGGAGAUGGAAAUGAAAUUCUUUAGGAACCACCGAUAUUUCAACUCCCUACUGAAUGAUGGUAAAGCAUCUACUCAAUUCCUGGCAAACAACCUGACCAAAGAAUUGGUUGAUCAUAUUAAGAAAUCGCUGCCCUACUUGACUGAGCAGAUUCAGACUGGGCUAGUCAAUGUGCAAAGGGAGCUUAAAAACUACGAUCAGGGUCCACCUCUGGAAGUAGAAAAAAUGGGACCUUUUCUCAGUGAGAUAAUAAUGGAGUUCAGUGAUCAAAUAAAUGAACUGAGCAGAACAGGACAUUCAAAAGACAGAAACAUUCAUGCACUCAUACAUCCUGUGUUCAAGAAUUGGGACAACUACUUAAGUGGCACUGAAGAAUCAUUCACAACAAAAGUGACGGAAAUGGUAGACAAGUACAAUGAGAUGCAUCGGGGCAGAGAAUUGCUUACGUUCAGUGACUUCUGUGAAUUUGAAAGUGUCAUCAAGGACCAUGUGGCAGCCCUUCAAGAGCCAGCUAUGGCAACACUGAAACAUGUACGAGAGAUUGUUCAGAAUGUUUUCAAAGAGGUGUGCAAAUUAUCUUUUGACCAGUACCCACCAAUGAGAUGCAUUGUAUCUAAAAUGAUUAAUGACAUUCAGUCAAAACAAGAGGCCAAAGUGGAGAAAAGAAUCAAGGAGUUUAUUGAUAUGGAGCAACUGGUCUUCACCCAGGACAAGGUAUUACAAAGGAAACUCGACAACUCUGAUAUCCCACAGAAAGCUAUGAUGGACCCUGACACUAACGUCUAUGAUGAUGAGAACAAGAUUUUUAAUUCCAAAGGCUGUGCAUUGUUGGAUACAAGAAACCUAGUUCCAGACAAACUGGUUCUCUAUUAUGAGGUUGUCUAUCAGCGUCUCACAGACUAUGUGCCCAUGCUGAUAAUCCUCUUCAUGCUGAAGGAUGCAGCUAAGAUAUUACGGCAUCAAAUGCUAGAACUGAGGAACGAAGCAGAUGUGGUCAAACUGUUGAGUGAAGACUCAGACCGAGGGCGAAGGAGAGCAGAUCUAAAGCAGCGUCUGGAGCGCCUCACACAAGCUCAAGAACUGAUAAGCAACAGACUCUGAGACAAUUUUAUUAAACAUCAGGGGUAUAAAUA